UUCACCACGCGCUUGUGCUGGUCAGCCAUUUUCUGCACUUACAUCAGAAGCGGAAGUCUUUGACGAAGACGAUCUUCAUUUUCACGCUUUUGCGAAUUUCAAAUAUUUAAAAAUGAGUGAUGUCGAGGACACACGUUUCGAGGGGAGGGAAUCCCGCUCGCCGUCCAAAUCAGAGCGGGGCAGUCCUGCCCGUGCUAAGUCGAAGAGCAGGUCCGGCUCUCCCAGUCCUUCCCGAGCAUCCAAGCAUUCAGAUUCAAGAUCCCGUUCCAAGUCCAGGUCUCACUCUCGCCGGCAUUCAAACCGGCGUUACAGUCGUUCGCGUUCUCACUCCCAUCGGAAAAAGUCACGUUCUCGCUCCUACAGUCCUGAGUCCCGCCGCAGGAGGAGCCAGAGCACAUCACCUGUGUCGAACCGCCGCAAACACAACGGCAGAAGGAGCUCAUACAGCCAUGACUCCAAAAAAGACUCUCACAGUCAUGGUGAUGUCAGGGCCAAUCCAGACCCUAACACAUGUCUGGGCGUGUUUGGUCUGAGUCUGUACACAACAGAGCGAGACCUGAGAGAGGUCUUCUCACGUUACGGUCCUUUGGCUGGCGUCAAUGUUGUCUACGACCAGCGUACGGGGCGCUCUCGCGGUUUUGCCUUUGUUUACUUUGAGCGCAUCGAUGAUGCCAAAGAGGCUAUGGAGCGAGCUAAUGGUAUGGAGCUGGAUGGCAGAUGCAUCAGAGUGGACUAUUCCAUCACUAAACGUCCACACACCCCCACGCCAGGCAUCUACAUGGGCCGGCCCACACAUAACGGAGGUGGUAGCAGCAGUGGUGGGCGAAGACGAGACUCGUAUGAUCGUGGCUAUGAUAAAUAUGACCGCUAUGAUGAGUAUGACUAUAGAUACAGCAGGAGGCGCUCUCCAUCUCCCUAUUACAGCCGAUACAGGUCUCGCUCAAGAUCUCGCUCAUACAGCCCACGACGAUACUAAGAAGAUCCUGACUGCGUCUUGACAUGAAGUACAUUCACUGUACAAGAGGAAAAAUAAGCACCUGUGUAUUGGUCAGAAGAAGAGCAGUUCUAACUUGACAAAGGAUUUGUGUAAUAGCUGUCUUAAUUUUUAGACUUUCUAGUCAUUUUAAAGUCUGUAGAGAUCAUAGAUUGCGUCAUCAUGGAAAUUUGUGUGCAGAACUUUUUUUUUUUAAUAUAUAUAUAUAUAUAUAUAUAUAUAUAUAUAUAUAGUGUGUUCUUACAGUCUGAUAUGAAUGUGCAUAUGCCUGUUUUCUUCAUAAAUACUGAACAUCCUUUGGUAGGUCUGUACGUUGUGUUAAGUGUGUGUGUGCGUCUAUGUCUGUAAAUUCAAUGUACUUGAGAAAGCAGACUUAAAAUUGCUUUUGUUUUCUGUAUCAAGAUAUUUUAUUUUCAGGAGUAAUUGGUAUUGCUUUAUUUCUUUUUGAAGGAAUAAAGAACACAAAAUAGGCCUAAGUUGUGUUUUCCUUCUUGACAAGGCAUGCUUUGAUGUGCUGUUCAAGUCUCUGAAUGUUCUACAAAGCAGUGAAUAGCUUGCUGUUUUUUUUAGUUGUGAUGAACUGUACAGAAAUUAGCUCAAAUUACUUUUAUACCCUAAAUAUGUUGUGUGCUGAAUUUAAGGACCGUAGAAAACAGAUAAAAUUAAGUCCAGACAUAAACUUCUCUAAGAAUGGAUGUUGCAAUGGCAAAUUCUUGUGUAGGUAAUUUAUAUAUGCUGAAUAACUGGGAAAAUAUAAGUGUAUUAAAACAGCUUAUAAGAAUAUGAUUUUGAACCAAACAAUAGAGCUUAAUUUGAUUGUUCAAUAUAUGAAAUAACAUGCAUGGCUCAAAUUGACUUAGUAUUACAGAAAUCCAGUAAGAUAAAUCCACACAACUGUUUUCAAAAAAUCUUUAUCUUUUUUUUUUUUUGGCAAGAUUGCAUACACACCAGAAACACAAUCCUUGUAAUAUAAUGGUGUCAACAAUUUGAUCAUAAAGUCAUUUAAAAAGUAUUUGCAUUUUGUUUUUUUAAACUCCACAUAACUACAAUUUUCUUUUACCAAGUGACUAAGUUUAAAAGUUGUUUUCUGUUACACAAUAAUAAUAAAAAACUGCAUGUAA